UUGCUUGCGGACAAACUCCAACUUCAAUACACGUUGCCGCUCUUUCUACCUUCGUUAAUUAAUCUCUUUGUUGCAUCAAACUAGAGUUGCCAUGAGAUCUUCCUUCUCCUCCAGUAAACCUCUGCUCCAAUCCCUAAGGCAUGGCGGUGAUUGAGAGUUGAUCCUUCACAGCAUCCGAAUUCCUCAGAAUAUAAGAUUGAAUUUUGAAGUCCAAACUCCACAAGACUCGGUAAUAUGCCACUGGGUGCACGCUUAACACACAUUUCCCUUGGGAAUGGUAUCUGUCUUCCCUGUCUAAGAUCAGGACUUACCAGUGAUAGAAGAUUCCAUACCAUGGGGGCAAUUUAUUUGUAUGGCAUGCUGCUGCCAAAGUUUCAAUCCAGAGGAAGAAAGUUAAGGAACUCCCAGUUGAUUAUAUCUUGUAGAACUUACCUCAGUUUGGAAGAAAGAUGGACAGUUAGGCUCUCAGGCAGGAGACAGAAGAACUCUUCGGCACAUAGUAAUACAAGAGUAGCUGAGGCAAAAGCAGCAUCUGAGAUUUCAGUGCCAACUAUAUCAAAGGUCCCAAAAGAAUGGAGUCAAUUACAUUUAAUGAAAGUUAUUGCUGUGCUGGUAUGUGCAUUCCUGGUGAUUCCAUCAGCCACAGCUGCUGAUGCUCUAAAAACUUGCACUUGCUUGCUAAAGGAGUGCAGGAUAGAACUUGCAAAAUGCAUUGCCAACCCAUCAUGUGCUGCUAAUAUUGCUUGCCUCCAGACCUGCAACAAUCGCCCUGAUGAGACUGAAUGCCAGAUUAAAUGUGGGGACCUCUUUGAAAACAAUGUGGUAGAUGAAUUUAAUGAGUGUGCUGUUUCACGAAAAAAGUGUGUGCCUCAGAAAUCUGACUUGGGGGAAUUUCCUAUCCCUGAUCCAGCUGUUCUGGUUAAGAACUUCAACAUUGCAGAUUUUAGUGGGAAGUGGUUCAUAACUGGUGGUUUAAAUCCUACCUUUGAUACUUUUGACUGCCAAUUGCACGAAUUCUAUACAGAAUCAAACAAACUGGUGGGAAAUUUGUCUUGGAGAAUAAAAACUCCAGACGGUGGCUUUUUCACUCGAUCAACUGUGCAGAGAUUUGUACAAGACCCAAACCAGCCCGGGAUUCUUUACAAUCAUGACAAUGAGUACCUUCAUUAUCAAGAUGACUGGUAUAUUCUGUCAUCCAAAAUAGAGAAUAAACAAGAUGAUUAUAUAUUUGUGUACUACCAGGGGAGGAAUGAUGCAUGGGAUGGUUAUGGUGGUGCUGUAGUAUAUACAAGAAGUGUGGUUUUGCCCGAAAGCAUUGUACCUGAACUUGAAAAAGCAGCCAAAAGCGUAGGCCGAGACUUCAGCACAUUCAUCAGAACUGAUAAUACUUGUGGACCAGAGCCUCCCCUCGUAGAAAGACUGGAGAAGAAAGUGGAGGAAGGGGAGAGGACCAUCAUAAGGGAAGUUGAGGAGAUAGAGGGGCAAGUAGAGAAGGAGGUAGAGAAGGUAGGUAAGACUGAGAUGACUUUGUUGCAGAGGUUGGUAGAAGGGUUUAAAGAGCUACAGAAAGAUGAAGAAAAUUUCUUGAAGGGGCUCGGUAAAGAAGAGAUGGAACUGCUAAGUGAGUUAAAAAUGGAGGCAAGUGAGGUGGAGAAACUCUUUGGACGAGCACUUCCACUUAGGAAGCUAAGAUAGAUUUUACUUAUAUGUUUACCUUGAUCCUGUUAUUUUCCCAGAAAUGUACAGCUCAAAGUACUUCUAUUUACUUUGAACACUCUUUGCGCCAUUUUUUUUUUCAAAAUUUCUAUUUGUUAGGAGUAUAUAGAGAUUAAAUUCAAUCUGGAGUC